AUGGAAAAUUUGAAGAAAAAACGAUCGGAGUUAAGAGGAGACCAUAGAUUACCCAGCAAGAAAAUCAAGUCCAAGAAGGAGCGCUCCGACGUUGGAGGGACUGCCGAUGACGCUGAGUUGGAGGAAUUCUUUGCUAUAUUACAGCGGUUGCAGACGGGGUUUGAUUACUUCGAGAAUAAAGGUGCCGGGGGUUGUGGCGGUAAAUCUGCAGCGGCACCACCGGCGACGGUAUCAAGGUUGUGGGAUCCGGCUUUUGAGUUGGAGGACUUUAAACAAGUUGAUGACGGCAGCCAGCUGGUAGCAAGCGGCGGAGAAGCAUUACAGAAGGACACCUUCAUUGGGUUUGAUCUUAACGCCGACCCGGAAACUCAUCAGAAAUCCAAAUGA